UCCCUAAAAUCCGGAUUUUUAUUCUGGUUCGGACCUCUCUCGCCCGUUUCUACUUCAUUCCAUAGUCUCUCUCUGUAACAGAACGAGCUUUGAUAUUUCCAAUCAGUGAUCAUUUCAGAUGCAAACCAAAUCUCUCGAAUUAACUUCAGUUCUUCUGAAAGGGAUUCCAAUUUGAAUUCGCAGCAAAACCUACAGACGAAUCGAACUUUUGGAUUACGUCAGAAUGUGAUUAUCAAGAAUCAUAUGAAAGUUACGCAGUCAAUCAAGAAGAAUCAAGAACAUAAAACAGAGUAUUGAAGGGCUAUUGGUCUCUUCGUAUGGAGGGCGUCGAAUCAAAAUCACAGUCACAAGGAUGGGAUACUCAGAUUAUGGCAGAAAAUGUAGAAGGGUUCCAGCAAUGUGUCAAAGAAAUCCUUGAUCUGAUCAAACAAGAUGAAACAUUCUCCGAAAUAACAGCCGAAAUUUACGAUUGCAAGAAGUUGAACUUGACAAAACUGGUAACCGAGUUAUCACGCAUGCAUGGGGAAUUGGCUGAUCAUUUGAUUAAAGAAGUCAACAAGAACACACAUAAAUUUACAACACCCAUAAAGAUCAAGACACAGCAAGUUGAUUCUUCCAGUUCAACCUCUCCUCAAGUUACUGAAUCGAGUAAAAAACAUGAAUUCAAAACACCUGCCGAUUUUGAAUUUACUUUCUCAAGUGGAGGUGGUUUUCAAAUUUCUAGAAGCGAAUGCUCAGAAUCUUCCAUCUUAAAAUCAUCCAAUUCCGCUUCCGCAUCAGAAUCUAUCAUGUGUAUCAACAAGCGUCUAGUUUCACCAGUCAAUGACGAUGCAUUAAAGGUAAAAGAAACCAAAGUUGAUGACGCUGAAGAAUUACUGAAAAAUAUUUCAGUUCUUGAAGAAGAACUGUCUAAUUCGAACAAGAAAGUCCAGAGCUUAAAAGACGAAAACGCCCUUCUUGAAACCAAGGUUCAUGACACUGAGGAGGUAAUGAAAAGGAUUUCACUUCUUGAAGAAGAGCUGUCUACUUGGAACAAGAAGGUCCAGAGUUUAGAAGACGAAAAUGCCCUUCUUGAAACCAAGGUUCAUGACACUGAGGAGUUACUGAAAAAUAUUUCAGUUCUUGAAGAAGAGCUGUCUACUUCGAGCAAGAAGGCCCAGAGUUUAUUAGAAGACAAAAACGCCCUUCUUGAAGUUGAGAAAGCUAAGGUGGCUGAGUCAACUCGUAGGAUUGAAACAAUGGGGAAAGUGAUAGAGGUCUACAGAACGCAAGUAUUGACAACAGACAAUGAAAUUUCAAAGCUAAAACAAGAGCUGGCUAGAAAAGAUAUUGACCAAACUCAGUUUUUAUCACUUGGUCAAACUAUAACCUCGUUACAGCAGCAAUUAGAUUCAAAGCAAGUCCGGAAUGAUGAACUGCAUGAGAAAGCUAUCAGAUUCACAGCUGAUAUAUCAAAGCGAGAUGAUGAAAUCAUAGAAUUGAGUACCAAGAUUAAUCAAAUGAGAACUGUUCAUGCAGCCGAAGAGGAUAAAUUGAAAACUGAUAUCACAAGGUUGGAAACGGAAGUUAGAGAAAAGUGUGAGUUAGUUGAUGAUUUGAAUCGGGAGCAUGAUGCUGCUGUAAUUUCAUGUACAGAUGAACUGAAAGUGAAAGUGGUGGAAUUGGAAAAAGAGGUGGAAGUGGUGUCGGAGGAGAAAAGGGAAGCGAUAAGGCAGCUGUCCUUCGCCGUGGAUCAUUACAUGUCUGCAUACAAACAACUUCAUCAAGACUUCGUUUCCCUCAACCGGCGUUUUGUUUGACUUGAAGACUUCUUGCCGAAUACCAAGAUUCAGAUUAAUAUCUUGUUUUGGGACAAUGGAUGACCUAAAUACAAAGUAUAGGGGGGUUAGUUGUAAAUGAAGUCAAAGGCUGGUUUGACUUUGACCAUAUUGAGAUUCACUUGGAGUAGUUUUUUUUGUAAGACCAUACCAACGAGUAUAAUAAUAUCAUUGAUA